GAUAAGCUGGUAAUCAAACGCAGACAGGGCCAUUAACACUGUCUCUUCAGCACCGUGCCGAGUCUGACCGGGAUAUUCAGAUUUCCAAGAGCAGCCGCUGCAGCGCCAGGUCGGAGGCGCAGCUGAGCCGUGCGUCAUGUGGAAGCCGCUGCAGAGUGCGGAUUUUAAAGUGCUUCUUUGAAUCGCCCUCGGUUACUUUCAGUUUGUUUCACUUGGGUAUUUCAAUGUUGGAGCGACCAACACCACGCAGAGGCAUGGACGACUUCAGGAGAGUCGCCUUUCGCAGAAAAUCGCCAAAUUUGGUGAAGCCAAACAUGGAGCAAGAGGAAUCAGCAGAGAAGAAAGGCAAAGCCAGCUGUUUCCAGUCCAAGAACGCUGACGAGGAGGCUUGCGUGGCGGUGAAAAUCGAACACUCCCGAGCUCUCGGCAGCAGCUCGUCCUGCAGCGAUCGCAGCAGCCCGCCCAGCGUGAGGGCUUGUCUCAGCCGGGCGGCCAGCGGGACAAGUGAGAAGAGGCGGGGAGGAUUCAAUGGAAGAGGCUCUGCCAGCAGGCCUCCGCUGCAGCCGAAACCACAAGUGCCUCCGAAGCCAGCGCACCUCCAGAGCCCGGUGACGGAGCUCUCCUCCCCACUGGGCCGCAUCCAGAGACCGGCGUUUAAAUCGAGCAUGGAGGAGGGGGGCGGAGGAGGAGGAGGAGGAGGAGGAGGAGGAGGAAGAGGGGCUCUGAGCAGAGAGCGGCCCAGGGAGAAACACUCCAAAGUCUCAGACCUCAUCAGCCGCUUUGAGGAGAACAGCAACACAGAGAACAGCAGAGACGGCUCGCCGCUCAAGCAGAUCAGCAAGUCGGCCAACUGCAGCCCGGCUCACCGCGCCCACCAGAGGCAGGCCGAGGCCAACAGGAUACCCGACAGCCACUCUGCAGCCGGGCAGGGCUCGGCGUCCGUGCCGGGCACGCCGCGGGAUGCCCACAAACUGGCAGCCAACGGGGUGCUAGCCCAGAUGGACCGGGAGCAAGACAAGGAAAACGAGAAGGAGACAAAACAGGAGGACAAUGGGAGUGUAAGGAUAGAGACUGCGGGGCUGGUGAAUGGAGAUAUGGGGGACGGGGACGGGAGCGCCGAGCAGAGCGGUGAUCACUCACCUCCACACACAGACAGGACUGAUACAGAAACCCACACGGAGAAUGAGGACAGUGGGACUAAAGCGGAGACGCAGAGUGAAGACAGGAAAGAAGAAGGGAGCGCAGAGCAUAAGGAGACGAAUGAGCAGAAGCUGUUUAAGAUCGCCAGUGAGCUCUUGCAGACGGAGAAGGCCUAUGUCGCACGGCUCAACCUGCUGGACCAGGUGUUCUGUGCCAAGCUGAUGGAGGAGGCAGGUAAAGGGACGUUCCCUGUGGAAGUCGUGAAGAACAUCUUCUCCAACAUCUCCUCCAUUCACACCUUUCACUGCCAGUUCCUGCUCCCAGACCUGGAGAAACGCAUGGGAGAAUGGGAGUCCACACCUCGCAUCGGAGACAUCCUGCAGAAGCUCACGCCCUUCCUGAAGAUGUACGCCGAGUAUGUGAAGAACUUCGACAAGGCCAUGGAGCUGCUGAAGCAGUGGACCGACCGCUCGCCUCAGUUCAAAGCCAUCAUCCAGGAGAUCCAGAGUAAGGAGGUGUGUGGCUGCCUGACGCUGCAGCACCACAUGUUGGAGCCGGUGCAGAGGAUCCCUCGCUACGAGAUGCUGCUCAAAGACUAUCUGAAGAAGCUGCCUCAGGAUGACCCCGACCGGCGAGACGCAGAAAAAUCAUUAGAUAUUAUCGCCACGGCUGCCACGCACUCCAACAGCGCCAUUCGAAAGACGGAGAACCUGAAGAAGUUGCUGGAGAUCUACGAGAUGCUGGGGGAGGAGGAGGACAUCGUCAACGCCUCCAACGAGUUCAUCAAGGAGGGCCACAUCCUGAAGCUGGCCGCCAGAAACACCUCGGCCAUGGAGAGAUACCUCUUCCUGUUUAACAACAUGCUGUUGUACUGCGUGCCCAAGUUCAGCCUGGGGGGGCCCAAAUACACGGUGAGGACGCGCAUCGGCAUCGACGGCAUGAAGGUCCUGGCAACAACCAACGAGGAUUACCCUCACACCUUCCAGGUGUCGGGAAAGGAGAGGAUACUGGAGUUACAGGCCAGCUCAGAGCAAGACAAGGCAGACUGGAUUAAGGCUUUCCAGGAGACAAUUGAGAUAUUCCAGCAAAAAAAUGAGACAUUCAAGUCUGCAUCAAAGGACGUGGAGGAAGUCUCGACGGCAGAGCUGGGGAAGCGUGCCCCUCGCUGGAUCCGUGACAACGAGGUGACAAUGUGCAUGAAGUGCAAAGAGCCGUUUAACGCUCUGACAAGGCGGAGGCACCACUGUCGCGCCUGCGGCUACGUGGUUUGCUGGAAAUGCUCGGACAACAAGGUGCCGCUGGCGUACGACAACAACAAAAUGAACAAGGUCUGCAGAGACUGCUACUCCAUCCUGACCGGAGAGGAGAGAGCCGAGGGCAAGAGGAAGGGCAUCCUGGAGAUCGAGGCGGCCCAGUUCACAGACAGCAGCAUCAUAUGCGGCUUCCUGCAGUACUGCGAGAAGAACAAGCCCUGGCAGAAGGUGUGGUGCGUCAUCCCUGAGAAAGAGUGCCUGGUGCUUUACCUCUACGGAGCUCCGCAGGAUGUGAAGGCCCAGUGCACCAUCCCCCUCCUGGGCUACGUCGUGGAGGACAGCCCCCGUCCCACGGACCCUCCGGCCAGCUUCCGCCUGUCCCAGUCCAAGUCCGUCCACAACUUCACCGCCGAGUCCGAGGAGCUCAAGCAGCGCUGGCUCAAAGUGAUCCGGGUGGCAGUGACAGGAGAGAAGCCAGAGUGCCCGCAUCCCAACGGCAGCAAUCCCAACUUGACGGACAACUUCAGCGCACAGGAAGCUGGUACUGACAGCACAUAGAUGCGUGUUUCUGUGGACAAGCGAGGCGAGGCUGUCGGAUUGCUUUCAGAAAGACGCGAUGCGUGUGGCCCGAACACAAAACCAGACAUUCACACUCCCCGUGUUGCCCUUGUGGUCAUGGAUCUCACAUUCAAAGACAAUAACAAAAUGGGAAAUCAGUGCUGGAUAAGCUUCCUCUCCUUCUCAGUCUUCAGUCUUUGACCUGCUUUGUUUCCUCCUGGAUUUUUUAAAGAAAUAAUUCCACGAAAGAAGGCAAACGACUUUGAUCCAUUGCUAGAGCUGUGCUGGGACGCAAGAGGACAUUUCUGGUACAAUCAACACUAGAGCAGAGGGACCUCAGGGCUGUUUCUGCUUCCCUCAAACAGGCACUAUUACAGCCAGCUCCGACUCAAGUCUUCGCGGAUCCCCAGCAAAUCCUCUUGAGCCAACGGACUUACACAGCGCCCGAUACAGCGCGGAUCACAGCAGACUGUCUCCCGGACGCGCGAUCUGCCUGUGAUGUAUCUCGGCUCUGUGUGCUUGUACAGCAUAAUGUUACUUUUUCGUUUCGUUUCUGCAGAAAGGAACAAAAAUGUGUUUUUAACGUGCAGAAAUCUUUGGUUCCAAACCUCGUUUUGGUAAUAUAGAAAGAAAAAAAAACACCUAAAUAUGAUAUAGAGUAUUCUCAGUAUUUCUUCUUUUUUUUUUUAAGUUUGUUUUUCUCCGGUGGAAUAGCUGGUUCCAGAACUGGGAAAAAAAAAAAAAAAAAAAGAUCAGCAGCGACUAUUUAAACCACGUAGUUUCAAAUCACACACUAGUCUGGUCUUGCCUCCUCACCCCUCCCAUCAGUGGAUAUGCAAACAGUCAAAUCUAUGGAUGCACCAUGGCUCAUCUGUCUGCCUGCCUUGCAAUCAGUAGUACCCACCCUAUGGUUCGUUGCAAGCUCUUCUCCUAAGUUAAGAAGAAAAAAAAAAAGAAAUAUUGUGCGGAUCCUUCCAGUUUUUAAUAUAGUAUGUAGACGGCGUCUUAUUAUUUUACUGCUAGGAGCGAGCGGUGCUGUUUCUAACGAAACAGCACGUGGAAACUCGGUGUAUUCUAAUAUAUAACAGAGCGUAAACGAUGACACACAAUCAUGUGCAGCACUGAGGGUGAAUAAGUGGUUGUCUGACUGCAGGAAAUCAAUGGGCCCCCAAUUCAUCUGGACAAAACCGGUCGGGGCGGGGUUAUUAUUCGUCGUCAGGGUUUUCUUAAUGUAGAUGCAUAGGGAGCAAGUCAGAGACAAGCCUGUCUUCCACCAUGCAGCACAAUCAGAGAAAGACGUGACAAGGUGCCGGCGAGGAGUGUAAAUGUGUGUUUAAAAUGCUGUAAUUAAUUUUAUUAUUUAAAGUAAUUUAUAGAAUAUGACGAGCAUGACCUGAAAAGAGAAGUAGCACAAGGACGUCCCACCCCUCUCGUUUUGUUACUACCAGACAAUUCACCUUUAAACGAAGACGUGCAGUAGAUAGGCAGCGGUUCCUCCAGCAAAUGUGUAAACCUUGGGUCUUCAGUGUGACUGCAGCCAAUCAUUAGCAUUGAAAUGACUUGGGGUAAAUGUGCCUAUUAUUAUUAGUAUUACUAUUAUUAUUAUCGUUAUUAUCGUUCUCUCCACAGUGAGUGUGUUCAUUUACAUGUUCAUAUUCUGCAGGAUUUCCCCCAAAGCUCGAUGCUGGUGCUAACCCGAGUCUCACCCCUCUAACGUCCGCUCCACAGUGUUCACCUACAAAACAAAGAGCACAAAUCCCCCCCCCCCCCCCCCCCCCCCCGUCUCAAAGAUCUGAAUGUACAGCCAGAUUGUUUUUUUUUUUUCGUUUGUUUAUUUGUUUUUUUCCCCAUACACUGUCCCCUCCUCUCCUCCCAAAAGGUUUGAGAAUCUACGCACUUUACAAGCCUAUAUAAAGUGUACCUUGUAAGAAAAUAAAACGAGAAAAUAUCUUGCA